CUCGAUCACCCGCUACGAAUGUUCUUGCGCCAUGGCCGAUUCUCCCUUAUAUAAGAGAGCUCCGUCGCCGCUCGGUUGCAGCCACCCCUGCAAAGAAAACAUCGAUCGGAGUAAGCAAGCCAAGCCACCCGAUCAGCCUCGCUCUACCGAUCCAAUUUGUUUCCCCAGCUCCUCUUUUUCGCCUCAGGAGGUAGCGGACGCCAGAAACCAGCAGCUAGUUAGCACGCUGCGAUGAAGCAAAAGAUCGUGAUCAAGGUGAGCAUGGCGUCCGAGAAGAGCCGGUCCAGGGCCAUGGAGCUCGUCGCUAGAGCAGACGGGGUGAGCUCGAUGGGGGUCACCGGCGCCGGCAGGGACCAGCUGGAGGUGGUCGGCGACUUCGUCGACACCGUCUGCCUGGUCAAGUGCCUGCGCAGGAAGCUCGGCAAGGCCGACAUCCUCAAGGUGGAGGAGGUGAAGGACAAGAAGCCCGAGGAGAAGAAGCCGGAGGAGCCCAAGAUUAUCGCGGACCCGCCGCCGUACUAUUACCCCGGUUACUACUACUACCAGCACAUGCCAGCACCGUGGUGGUGACGAUAGAAACGCGAAGGAAACAGCUAGUUUUUGUAUUUAUUUGAUUCAAAUUCGUUCCACACUCGUUUUUGCUACUGUUCUGCGUGAGGGGAAAGUUAUAAGAAACAGUUUUGCUAUUGUGCAUCCGUUUGAAAUUUUGGUUCUUUAAUAACGAGGACCGAGAUCUUGAUC